AUGAAUGCCCACGCGCUCCUCACCUCGCAGGGCUGGAGAGGGACAGGGCAUUCUCUCCACCCCACCACCGACGGGACUGGACUCUCGCGACCUCUCCUUGUCUCCCGCAAAGACAACACCCUUGGCAUCGGCAAGAAACAACAUAAAACAAGUGACAUGUGGUGGAUGAAUGCAUUUGAUAGCAGUCUGAAGGGCCUGGAUACGUCGAAGCAGGGGACUGUUGUGCAGACUGUAACGAGCGGAGGCUUGGAUAUGGUGACAAAGGGAGGGGCGCGGUUUGUCGGGACUGCGGUGGGAAAGGGAUUGUAUGCGAGUUUCGUCAGGGGCGAGUGUUUAGGUGGGACAAUUGAAAUGGAUGAUGACAGCGGGACGAGUACACCCGUUGAGAAAUGUAAGAAAAGUGAGAGGCGGUCGGAUAGGAGGAAAGAUAGGAACGAGACAAAAGAGGAGAGGAGGGCAAGGAAAGCUGCGAAACGAGCUGCACGGGCAAAUGGAAGCAUGGCAGAGGAAGUCGACGAUCCCAAGGAAGCCAAAAAUAUGGCCAUUGAGAAAACCGAGACGAAAGAAGAGAGAAGGGAACGACGACGAUUGAAGAAGCUGGGAAAGGAAGCGGAGCAAAAGUCUAUCGAAGCAUCCUCCGAGAAGGAGAAGAAGAAGAAACGACGGAAAGACUGA